AUGGAGGCGGCGGCGGCGGGCAACGGCUCGGCGGCGGCGGGCGUCGGGGCCGAGGCGGGCAACCCCUUCGUGCAGCCGGGCUGGCAGGUGGCGCUGUGGGCGUCGGCCUACGCGCUGGUGGUGCUGGUGUCGGUGGUGGGCAACCUGGUGGUGAUGUGGGUGGUGCUGGCCCACCGGCGGAUGCGCACCGUCACCAACUACUUGCUGGUCAACCUGGCCUUCGCCGAGGCCGCCAUGGCCGCCUUCAACACGCUCGUCAACUUCACCUACGCCGUGCACAACGCCUGGUACUACGGGCGGGCCUACUGCCGCUUCCAGAACUUCUUCCCGGUGGCCGCCGUCUUCGCCAGCAUCUACUCCAUGACCGCCAUCGCCGCCGACAGAUACAUGGCCAUUAUCCAUCCUCUGCAACCAAGGCUAUCAGCUGCAGCCACCAAGGUUGUCAUCUGUGUUAUAUGGCUCUUGGCUUCGCUACUCUCAUUCCCUCAAGGAUACUAUUCCACCACUGCAGAGCUGCCUGAGCGAGUGAUAUGCUUUGUUGAUUGGCCGCAAAAUCAGACCCAGGUCUCUGCAAUAACGUAUCAGGUCUGCAUGACUAUCCUAGCCUACGUCUUGCCACUCAUCGUAAUAGGCUAUGCCUAUAUUAUGGUGAGCAUUACCCUAUGGGCUAGUGCAAUACCAGGGGACUCUUCGGACCGCUACCAUGAACAAGUGUCUGCCAAGCGCAAGGUUGUCAAGAUGAUGAUCAUGGUCGUUUGCACCUUCGCCAUUUGCUGGCUGCCUUACCACAUCUACUUCCUCCUACAACUUUUCAACGGUGAAAUAUUCUCAGAAAAGUACAUCCAGCAGGUCUACUUGGCGAUCAUGUGGCUGGCCAUGAGCUCCACUAUGUACAACCCAAUCAUUUAUUGUUGUCUCAAUGACAGGUUCCGGGUGGGCUUCAAGCUGGCUUUCCAGUGGUGCCCGUUCAUCAAUGCCAGCGAAUACGAAGGACUGGAAAUGAAGUCAGCGAGGUACCUGCAGGUCCAGAACAGCAUCUACAAGACCAGCCGGAUGGAGACAACGGUCUCUUCCGUCAUUGGCAACCCGGAGGAAGGACCGGAUGACGGCAGCAAACCCAGGCAGCCCUCUGUUGACCUGACCUCCAAUGGCUCUUCCCGCAGUGACACAAAAACCACCUCGGAGAGCCUGAGCUUCUAUUCCAAUACGCUUCCCUGAGCAAAUUCAUGAUUUAGCCACACCGUAACACCAUUUCCAUCCAUCUAAUGAAGCCCCCACCCCCAACAAACGGGCCCUUCCUGUGGCUGCCCAGUGGGCUUUCCUUCUCCUUCCAAGUGGUUCCGUCCGAUGUAGCUUUUCUCCACAGAUCCCGUGCCUUCCUUCCGCCCGGUACCUUCCCUCCUCCCUCUCUCCAGGAUCUCUAGGCAGGGGUCAUCUGGUCAUCUCCUCUCUAUCAAGCUGCCAUUGUGGAAGCAGCUAAUAUGAAUGAAACAUGUUUGAGGUCUUUUGGAGGGGCGUAAAUGAAAUGUGUACGAAGUUGGAGGGUUUUUUUGUUUUUUGUUUUUUUUUUUUAAUUUGAUUUAUAUUCCGCCCUUCUCCGGAGACUCAGGGCGGCUUACAAUGCGUUAAGCAUGGAGUUUAAACAUUCUUCUUGGAACUCAAUUCAAAAUCCAUUUCUACAGCAGAACAUUUGAAUUUAUAAUAUUUUUAAUAGUAUUUUGUUCCAUUAGUGGACUUCCAGUUACUUUCCUUGAGUAACUGGUAUACUUCCAGGAUCACUUUUCUUCCAUCCAUUCAUCACUGUUUUUUACCAGGGUUGGAGAGAAGCCCUUCACCACUUCUAGUGAAGUGAAUUAAUUCUGUUUCAGGAUCUCUGCCUUUACCAUAAGAUAUGGUUCAAGGCUACGUUCCACAUUUCUUAGGGCUUAGCCCCCCUCAAUGAAAACAUUAGAAUCAUUCAAUGUAGAAAAUCACAGGAAGAAAGGUUCGACUCUUAUGUUUUCUAUUAGCAAGAUUUUUUUCUUCUUUCAUAGGAAAAGAUUAACCCAGGCAUAGCAGCCCUACAGCCAUCCACCCAAAGCAUCAUCUGGGAUGUUCCACAAUCUCCAACAGGAUUGUGGAAAUUAGCCACGACAUGUUUGAAUCUUCCUUGAAAUUCCAUGACUAGCAAAGCAGAGGGGAGGGGAGGGGAGGGGAGGGGAAGGCUGCCGCCUGUCUACCUGCAAGCAUCAGGGCUCAUGCCUUCUUGCAACAAGCACGGCUUGAGCAGCUGGCAAAGGACCAAAAUGAAUGUGUGAUUGUAAUGCAGGGCCUGUUUUGGCACCAAGCUCGUGUGACAGAGAUGAAUAGAUGCUGGCUCUAAUAAGAUGGAACCAAAUAGCAUUUUAGAAAAAUGAUGUGGUAAUAAAAAUGGGAUAAAAUAAUUUCACAGGAUAGAAUCAGUUUUGGGUGAAAAUAGAGCAGGCACGUUUCAGCAUGAGCCUUAUACUGUAUCACAAGGGUUCUCAGGCAAGCAAUCUCUUCCAGUUAUGGAGAAAUUUUGAGGCUACAGGAGAGACCCAUAAGUCUCUCACUACGGCCGGAGUGCUGCAUCAGCUCUUGCUGACAAAAGUGGUAAUAGCACAAUAUUAGCUCUGUUACAUAGAAGAUGAAGACUUGCCCAAACCAGUAUGAAAACUCUUCUCUAAUGAGAUUACAAACAAGAGUCAGUGGUUCAGUUACCUGCUAUCUAACUUUGAACAUAUGUGUGUCUGCAUCCACAAGAGUUUAUAACAAAACUCCUGUGUGGCAGAAUAUUGUUCAUUGUGUACUAUGUUAUGCAACCACACAGUAGCUAGGAGGUAUUUGCUGUUUGUCCUAGAAAAUGGUACAGCCCAGUUUUCCACAGACACAAAGCUGAGCACAAUAGUUGUCCAAAAACUCCUACAGUAUUUCCACAAAUGGCAAAAGAUAAACAUCACAGAACAUUACUUUGCCCAUUACAUUUGCAUCAAGGUCCUCUUGCAAAUACGCGAUAAAGAAGAAAGCCCAAACCAUAACACAGGCCAGAGACUUGCUGACGUCCCUGGGCAGAGCUGGGCUGUGUAUCCAUUUCCUGUGUUUCUUGAUCUCCCAGCAACUUUUGAGAGUAUUGUUUACACAGUCCUUCCAGAUGGGCUGCAGGUCUUGGAAGAGGGUGCCACCAUGUUGCAUUGGUUAUCCUACUGUCUCCUUGAGUGAUUUCAAUUGGGGUUCAGUGAUGAGACAUUUGUGAGGUGCCUCAGGCCUUGAGGCUUUUCAUCCUUCUAGGUGAAUCUGCUGGAUGAGAUUAUUCAUGAGCAUGGGAUCUGGUAUCAUCAGGAUGAUUAUGAUACAUCUCAACUGUGGGCUAUUCAAGUUGAAGCCUCCAGACACAUCCCAACGUCUCGAAGCUGCAUAGGUCUUGAUGGUGAAGAGAAGUUCAGGCUCAAUCCUGACAAGACUGAGUGAUUAUUAAUUCUUGGGCUUUUCAUUUGAAGUCUUGGAAAAGGCUGUACUUCCCCAUUUCAGACUGAUGCACAACUUGGUGUCUUCUCCAAUGCACUCUGCCUGGGGCUGCCCUUGAAGAUCAGCCACUGGUCCAGAACAUGUGAAGUGCAUGGAACACCACUGUUCUGUGAGCUGUGCUGAUUGCCGGUGGGCUUCCGGGCUCAGUUUAAGAUGCUGGUUACAAGCCAUUCAUGGCAUAAGGCCUGGUUAUUUAUAACAACCUAUCUUUCUGCCCACUCAGUAAAAUUUGGCAGAGAGUACAUUCAAGGUCCCUUUGGUUAAGCAAUGUCAUUUGUUGGGGCCCUGAAAUGUGUCUUUUCUAUCUGAGCACCUGCCCUCUGGAAUAAUAUCCCCCUACAGAUUGAUAAGACUCCCACCCUAUUCAUGCUCCAGAAACCUUUCAGAACCUGAUUGUUCCCCCAGGACGGGGUGGCUGCUGAAGCCCACCUUGUAAGCUGUUUUGUUGUUUUUUUCACGUGGUUUCUGUUCUCUUCUGGGUGUCUGUGAUCUGUUUCUCCAUUUCUAUUGUGCUUGCUUCUAAAGGGUACACUGCCCAGAGUCAUUUAUAGUUGGUGGACUCAUUAAUAAACAAACAAACAAACAAAGCAAGCUGUCAGGCAAGCAAUUGACAGCCAUUAAUGACCAGUCACAGGAUAUUUGGACUGCUGCAUGACAGAAUGUAAGAAGUUCCCUGUUGGGUCAAAGCCAACCGCUUCUCAACAGUUCCUCCGAAGGAGGGAAGGUAGCGUCCCCUGUUCUUCCCCACAGCUGUUGUUUUGCCUGCUGGUGUACCAGUCCCCAUCAACCCCAAAGAAUUGGUCCACAGAAGCAUGGGCACCCUUAAGCAAAAUAGACCUUGCCUAUAUGAAUGGGCCAGCAGCAAAUCAGACAUGAUCAUCAUGGCGCUUUUUAUACUGCUGUGAAACAAUUUAGGCAGGGAGGAAUGAAGCAAUGCAAUUGUGUCUCUGAACAAGACUGAAAAACAGAGGAUUUUUGAGGACAGAGACAAUGUGCUGUUUGCCGUAUAUGUAAUUUCUUUCUUGUGUACAUUGUGCAGGUCUGGGGAGCACUUCAUAUGUGCUAUAUAUUUUUUACUUAAACGUGCCGCAAUGUAGUCAUGUUCAAAAUUGUACCUUUUGCUGUGAAAUGAAAAAUCUAACGAGAAAGGUUACCUGUAUCCUGUCCUAGUUUUGGAUGCUACAAUUGUUUGUGAAAUGUUGACGAGCCAAAAUAAACUAUCCCCAUCAGAGCA